AUGGACAAGAGUGAUUUAUACGACGAAUAUGAGGAAGCGCAGUAUAGAGCCGCCAUCCAAGCAUCCCUAGAGGAUGCGAAAAGACAAUCAUCAUUAGCAUCAUCGUCAUCUCGUCAGGUCCCUAACUUUGUGGAUCUAACCGCUGAUUCUGAAUCGGAACGCUCUCCACAUUCAGAUGCAAGAGACUCUAAGAAAGAUGCACUAGCAUCGAAUGAGGUGAUGGGUGAUUCAGACCAAGAACUUGAUAGGGCGAUCAAAUUAUCGUUACAGAAACAAGAUUCUUUGGGACAUGAUGGUGAAGGGGAAUCCAUUGUUUUCUCGAGCCUGACUAAGAGGAGUGCUGAAAUGGUGGCGUCUAGAUCACCGGGUAUUUUGGGGAUAGAUCGCAAGAAAAUGGAGGAGGAACGAUUAGCACGACUGGAUAGGAAGAGAAAAGCUUCACCUUUGGCUGCGUCGCCUGUGGUAAAACGUGCUGCGGUUCUGGGAGAGGAAGAGCGUGUUCCUUCUAGAGUUACGGCUUCUGGCGUCCGUCUAGCCGCAAAUGAUGUGCGAAAGAAGGAGGAUGUGGCUCCAAGUACUGACGUACCGGCACAAUCAUCGACAUCACUGGAGUUUCCGACCGGAUCUGUGAAGAAGACAUGGGCUUUUGGCUACGAUAGGAAUGGCGACGAUAUCAAAAUUGAAGAGGUGAUUCAAAAAUCCGAUCUCGAGCUUGCGGUAUUGAGUUCCUAUAUCUGGGACGCCGACUGGCUGUUCUCGAAAUUCGACAUUAAAAAAUCUAGAUUCAUCCUCAUCAUGGGAGAGAAGGAAGAAGAUAAGAAACGGGAAUUAGAGAAUGACACCAAAUCCAUGGGAAGCGUUCGACUUUGUUUUCCUCCCAUGGAGCCGCAGGUGAAUUGCAUGCAUUCAAAACUCAUGCUUCUUUUCCACCUGAAUCAUCUUCGCAUUGUAAUCCCAAGUGCGAACCUAAUUCCAUUUGACUGGGGAGAGAAGGGAGGCAUCAUGGAAAAUGUUGUCUUUUUAAUUGACCUCCCACGAAUCUCUCCCAGUCCUGAUGCCAACCCUCGCACACCGUUUCUUGAAGAUCUGGUUUAUUUCCUUCAGGCAUCCAAUUUGGACGAACAAAUUAUCCAGAAAAUGUUAAAUUUUGAUUUUAGUGCUACUAAGGAUAUCGCUUUUGUGCAUACAAUCGGUGGAUCUCAUACAGACCCAACCUGGAAACGAACGGGCCUCUGCGGUCUCGGAAGAGCGAUAACGUCCCUGGGUCUUCAGACAUCCCAGAAUUUAAACUUAGACUACGUCACCUCGUCAGUGGGCUCUCUAAACGAACAAUUUUUGCGAUCUAUAUACCUCGCAGCACAGGGGGACACUGGCUUAAAAGAAUUAACCUUUCGCACCUCCAGGACUCUUCCUUCCGAAAAGUUGGGGGUGCUAACAACAAGAACUGACGGUGAGAAGUGGAGAGAUAGAUUCAAGGUCUACUUCCCUUCACUCAACACAGUUUGUCAAUCUAAAGGUGGCACGAUGAAUGCCGGAACUAUAUGUUUCCAAUCGAAGUGGUAUAACUCGACGACAUUCCCGAGAAAUGUUAUGCGGAAUAAUAUCAGUCGUAGGGAUGGGCUGUUGAUGCAUAGUAAGAUGCUUUUCGCCUGCCCCGAUAAACCAUUCACCAGUUCAAAAGACAACUCCACCCAAUAUGCCGGCUGGGCAUACGUAGGUAGUGCCAACCUAUCAGAAAGCGCAUGGGGCCGCCUUGUCCUCGACCGUUCCACGACCAAACCGAAACUAAACUGCAGAAACUGGGAAUGUGGUGUUGUGAUCCCAAUCCGCCACAGAGGAUCCGGACAGUUAUCCUCCCAACCCUCAUCUGGCAGUACUCUCCGCCCCAAACUCGAACCCGAAUCUGAAAGCGCAAGCGUGACUGUGAGCGAUGGAUCGAAACUUGUUAGUGUGUUUGAGCCGAGGAUCCCGGUUCCGAUGCGUGUUCCUGGGGAACCGUAUCAGCCUGGAGAUAAGCCGUGGUAUUAUAUGGAAGAUUGGCUCCCUCAACGUGUUGCUUAA